CUCCCAGGCAGGAGCAGCAGCCCGCGGUACCUGGACCCACGAGGCGGCCUUUGGCGGGAGGGGAGCCUGGCCCCGAGCAGCAAACGCAUCCUCUUCCCCUGCGCCCUGCCGCGAGGACCCCGGCGACUCCAAAAUGCUGGCCCCAACGCAUCAGCAGCAGCGUCGGAAAUUUAUAGUCGCCUUCCUGGCAUUCAUUUUCAUUCUGUCAGCCGUGGACACUGCUGAGGCCGGGAAGAAAGAGAAGCCAGAAAAAAAGGUGAAGAAAUCUGACUGUGGAGAAUGGCAGUGGAGCGUGUGUGUGCCCACCAGCGGGGACUGCGGGCUGGGCACCCGGGAGGGCACUCGCACUGGCGCGGAAUGCAAGCAGACCAUGAAGACCCAGAGAUGUAAGAUCCCCUGCAACUGGAAGAAACAGUUCGGAGCUGAGUGCAAAUACCAGUUCCAGGCCUGGGGAGAAUGUGAUCUGAAUACUGCCUUGAAGACCAGGACUGGAAGUCUGAAGAGAGCCCUUCACAAUGCCGAAUGCCAGAAGACAGUCACCAUUUCCAAGCCCUGUGGAAAACUGACCAAGCCCAAACCUCAAGCAGAAUCAAAGAAGAAGAAAAAGGAAGGGAAGAAACAGGAGAAGAUGCUGGAUUGAAAGAUGCCACCUUCUGGGGAACAUGAGGAGAACAUCAGUGAUUGAUGCAAGAAGGAUUGGUUAACUAUUGCAUUUAUACCUACUCUAGGCUUUUUAUUCAACAAUUAUCGAUAGCUUAAGUACAAAAUAGGCAAAAACAAAGAGAAAAGUUUUUUUUUUUUGUAGUAGCAUUCUUUUGAAAUGUAUACCAUAGUACCAGUAGGGGCUUAUAAUAAAGGACUGUAAUACUGUUUAGUAAGUUGACUUGUAGUACCUGAUAGAUGAUAGGCAAUUGAGGUAAGUUUUUUGAGGUUAUGUGAUGUUUCACAUUUACAUUUUUUUUACACUUUUUUUCUUUUGGCAGCAAUUUAAAUGUUAUGACCAUGUAAACUACUUCUCUUGUUAGGUAGACAUUUUUUCACCUAGACUUUUUUUCCCAAUUGAGAAAAAUAUAUACUAAACAAAAAUAGCAAUAAAAUGUAAUCGCUGUACUUGAGAAAAAUAUAUAGUUUUCUGCCAGUGAAUGUUUUCUUUAAAAAUUAGCAAAAUGAGGGAAAGCAAAAGGCAGAGCAAUGACUUAGUGCAAUUUUUUUAAGAAAAGCAUUGAAUCAUAAAAUUUCUUCACUUUGGCAGAAACAUUUGUUUUCUUGAUAAAAUUAUUUUUCCAUCGGAGAAAAAAAAACUAGGAAAAUAAAUCAAGGUGAUGCUGAAUAAAA